GCUUUCUGUUGAAGAACAUAUAGUUGACCUGACUGACUUACAGUUGGUCAAAAGUGGAUAUGAUACGAAAGACCUGAAAUCAAGAAAAGUUGGCAAGAAUGUGCUUGAAAGAGAUGCUACUAUUAGGCUUUUGAGAAAAGAAAUCGAAUGUGCUCUUGAAAGCUUAAAAGAAGUGCAAUAUGAGAUGGCCAGAUUACAUGAAGAAAAAAAAGAGAUGUCAGUGUCUGAAAAGAAGAGUCGGCAAAGCAUAGAGUGCCUCACAAAUCACAUACUUUUCCUGCAAGAAGCUAUGUAUCACUUUGAGGAGAAAUCUAAAGUCAAGAUUGAUGUACUCAGUCACAAACUUAGAGGCCUGGAGAAACCUCUGAAAGAAGCCAGCUCCCAUUGGUACCAAAGGAAAGAGUCACUUGAACUUGAAGUUGGAGAGGCAACGAUCAUUCAAGCUCAGAAAGCUCAAGAGGCAUCUUUUAUUCUUGCUAAAUUUGAAGAAGCACAAGAUACAAUGAGAGAAGUAGAUAUUAUGAUCAAUGGAUUGGUGAUAGCUAAUGAGCCAAUGAAGAUAGAUAUAGAAAGAGUGAAAGACUGA